AUGAGGGAGUUGCUUCUUGAACUACGCAUUCUUGUGCGCAUUCGUCAUCCCAACAUCGUCACGUUCUGGGGAACUGCCACGGAAUUUCCGACGAAUGAGAAUCCAGUGCAGCCGUACAUCGGGUUAGUUUUCGAACUCUGUGAGAAAGGAAGUUUGCAUCAUGCACUCUUCGAUGGGAAGAAUGCUCCUUUGAAGAUUUCUCAAAAGAUUAAAAUCGCUCAUCAAGUUGCCCUCGGGUUGGCAUAUCUGCACGGCAAGAGAAUCAUUCAUCGUGACAUCAAUACGAGGAACAUUCUUUUGAGCAAUGACCUCUCUGCUAAGAUUGCUGAUUUUGGAUGCGCGCGCGUGUUGGCACCUAAUUGCAAGAGCUUGAAGACUACAACGAUCUCAGGCUCUCCAGCCUACAUGGCACCUGAGCAGCUGCAAGGACAAGAACUUACUGAAUCGGUUGAUAAUUGGGCACUUGCGGUUGUGCUGUGGGAAAUCAUGAUGGACAAAAAGCCAUGGGAAGGAAGAUUCUCUGAUUUCAAAUACUUGAAAGCUGCUGUGUUGAAUGGUGAAAAGCUUCAUCUUCCGGUGGAUCCUCGGCCUUAUCCUCCUUGUUAUGUCAACAUGAUCAAACUCGGGAUGCAAUACAAGGUAUUUGUAUAA